AUGCUUUCCUACGUUCAUCCACCUAAAUAUGUCCAAGCUGCCAUUCUGAUUUCUCUCGGUGGCAUCCUCUUUGGACUCGAUACAGGGACAAUUGGACCUUUGACAACCAUGCAACAGUUCACCCAAACAUUCGGACCCCUUUCCUCAACUGUCCACGGCCUCGUCGUGUCUACGAUCCUGAUUCCCGCCGCCAUCUCCUCUUUCUUUGGAGGUCAUGUUGCCAAUUCGCUGGGAAGAUUAAAGACUGUAGCUUUGGGUGCGGCGAUAUUUGGAUUAGGAGCUGGCAUAGAGGCCGGGAGUGUGAGAUUGGGGAUGUUGAUUGCUGGUCGAGCCAUAAAGGGUAUUGGUGAAGGGUUGUUCCUGAGUACCAGUGUUGUCUACAUCACGGAAAUCUCUCCUCCACGAUCUCGAGGCACCCUAGCAUCGAUCCCUCAAUUCAUGACUACAAUCGGCGUCUGUGCAGGCUACUUCACUUGCUACGGCUCCGUAUCCCUCACUUCCUCCGUCUCCUGGCGCCUCCCAUUCGCGCUCCAAUCCCUAAUCGCCUACACCUACACGCUCUCCACGCUCCUCUUCCUCCCCGAAUCUCCACGCUGGCUCACCGCCAACGGGCACCACGCCUCCUCGCUCCUCAUCUGGCAACAACUCGGCAUCGAAGCCACGGAGCGCGAAAAACUCGAAGAAGCAUCCCGCGGCGAACUCAGCGGCAAAGUCCGAAUCGGCGAUAUCCUCGCCGUUUUCGGGAAAGAUUGUUGGCGGCAAACUGGGUUGGGAGUCUUUUUGAUGGCGAUGCAGCAAGCGUCCGGCAUUGAUGGGGUGCUGUAUUAUGCUCCGCUUCUGUUUUCGCGUGCUGGUUUGGCAUCGUCGACCGCGGCUUUUCUUGCGUCGGGCAUUUCGGCUUUGCUUAUUUUCUUGGUUACUAUUCCUGCGUUCCUGUUUGCGGAUUCGUGGGGGAGAAAGACGUCUGCUGUUUUUGGGGGAUUGGUGCAGGUUGGGUGUAUGUUUGUGAUUGGAAGUUUGUAUGCGGCGGGCGUGGUGAAAGGGGGUGAGGGAGCAGCGAGAUGGGUGGUGAUUGCAGCUAUUUACAUUUUCGCAUUGGGGUUCAGUGGGACGUGGGGAGUUUGUUUUAGGGUUUAUGUUAGUGAGAUUCAGAGUUCGAAGACGAGGGCUGGGGCUAGUAGUUUGGCGUUGAGUGCGAAUUGGACAGUGAACUGGAUAAUCGCCUUUACGACACCGAUAUUCCUGGCUCGCUCCUCUUUUGGAGUCUAUUUCCUGUUCGGAAGCACGGCGCUACUCACCGUCGUGGUUUGCAUUUUCUGGAUGCCGGAGACGAGGGGUAGAACACUAGAGGAUAUCGAUGCUUCCUUUCGAAAGAAGAGUGGCAAGACGUUGGAUGUUGAAUUGAGGGGUGAAGGACUGCUUGUUGGUGAGCUUGAAGGGAAUGCGAGUGGAACUGAGAGUGAGAGACAGAACGUAGGUAUCAAAGGAGGUGCGACAAGUUCAGUCAGUGUGAUUUGA